CAUUUGAUGUUGCAUCAGAUAAGAAAAUGGCACGAAGUCCGAAAAAACGUUCGAGGUCGAGAAGUAGAAGUAGGAGCAGAAGCGCCUCUCCAUCAAAAAGGAGGAGUCCAAAGAAAAAGGUCACCAAGAAAUCGGUUGCAAGCCCGAGAAGACCGCGCACGAGGUCUAGAAGCAGAAGUGCCUCCCCAGCUAAGAAGUCUGCAGCAAGGAAGCCUGUCGCAAGUCCGAGAAGACCACGCACGAGGUCGAGGAGCAGAAGCGCCUCCCCAGCAAAGGUUGUUGCGAGAAGGCCGCGUACGAGGUCUAGAAGCAGAAGCGCUUCCCCGGCAAAGGUUGUUGCGAGAAGGCCUCGCACAAGGUCUAGAAGCAGAAGUGUCUCCCCAGCAAAGAAGACAAAGAAGAGUCCAAAGAAGGCUGCGAAGAAGCGUGCUUCAAGCCCUAAAAAGAGGAAAUCGAAGGGAGGAGCUAAAAAACCCACAACUCUAUCCAUGGUCGUUGCAGCUAUCGCAGCUAUGAAGGACAAAAAGGGAUCAUCCGCCCAAGCAAUCAGAAAAUAUGUUACGGCUAAUUUCAGCAAGUAUCUAACUGCGAGCAGAGUGACAUCAUCUGUGAGGAUUGCUUUAACACGUGGACUAAAGACAGGAGCAUUAGUAAGACCCAAGGGAUCCACUGCUACUGGAGCAACAGGACGAUUCCGGAUAGGAAAAACGGCACCAAAGAAAAAGGCAAAGAAACCAAAGAAGAAAGUGAAGAAGCCUAAGAAGAAAGCAAAGAAACCAAAGAAGGCCAAGAAAGUUAGUAAAAAGACCAAGAAGGCAAAAAAACCUAAGAAGGCAAAGAAGCCUGCGAAGCCGAAAGCAAAGAAGCCAAAGAAAUCUCCAAAGAAAAGGGUUGUUAAACCAAAAAAACCUGCCACGAAGAAAGCUGCUCCAAAGAAAUCUAAGAAAUAGAUUUCUCAUCUAAAUCCAAUUUAAA